UCGCAAACACACCACAUCAAGGCAAGUGAAGAUGGCGGAUGUGUUGAGUGUUCUUCGCCAGUAUAACAUCCAGAAAAAAGAAAUCGUCGCUAAAGGAGAUGAAGUUAUAUUUGGAGAGUUCUCCUGGCCGAAAAAUGUCAAGACCAACUACAUAAUCUACGGUACUGGAAAAGAAGGGCAGCCAAAGGAGUAUUACACUUUAGACUCUAUUUUGUUCUUGCUCAACAAUGUGCAUCUGUCGCAUCCUUCCUAUGUGCGAAGAGCUGCAACAGAGAACAUCCCUGUUGUUAGACGACCUGAUCGAAAGGGCUUACUAUCAUACCUCAAUGGCGAGAGUUCAACAUCAACGAGCAUUGACAGAAGUGCGCCCAUAGAAAUAGGUCUUCAAAGGCCGACACAAGUGAAAAGAGCAGCUGAUGAGGUGUCUUCUGAAGCCAAAAAACCAAGGGUUGAGGAUGAGGAACGAGUGCGUCUGGACAAGGAGCGCCUGGCUGCCCGUCUGGAGGGCCACAAAGAGGGCAUCGUGCAGACUGAUCAGAUCAGAUCGUUGUCUGAGGCCAUGUCGGUGGAGAAAAUUGCAGCCAUCAAAGCCAAGAUUAUGGCCAAGAAACGUUCAACCAUCAAAACAGAUCUGGAUGACGACAUCACCCUGAAGCAGAGAAGCUUUGUGGACGCAGAGGUGGACGUCACCAGGGACAUUGUGAGCCGUGAGAGGGUGUGGAGGACCAGGACGACCAUUCUCCAGAGCACCGGGAAGAACUUCUCCAAGAACAUCUUUGCCAUCCUUCAGUCAGUGAAAGCCAGAGAAGAAGGUCGCGCACCAGAGCAGAGACCAGCACAAAACACCACCCAAGUGGACCCGUCCUUAAGGAACAAACAGCCAGUCCCAGCUGCCUAUAACAGAUACGAUCAGGAGCGAUUCAAAGGGAAAGAAGAAACGGAGGGUUUCAAAAUCGAUACCAUGGGCACCUACCACGGCAUGACCCUGAAGUCAGUGACGGAAGGAGCGUCAGCUCGGAAGGCCCAGACUCCGGCUCUGCAGCCUGUCCCUCGUCCAGUGUCACAAGCCAGACCGCCACCAAAUCAGAAGAAAGGAUCUCGUACCCCCAUCAUCAUCAUCCCAGCUGCCACCACCUCACUCAUCACAAUGCUCAAUGCAAAGGAUCUGCUGCAGGAUCUAAAGUUUGUCACAUCAGAAGAGAAGAAGAAGCAGGGCAUCCCGCGAGACAACGAGGUUUUGCUUCAGAGACGCAAGGAUCAGAUCCAACCCGGAGGCGCGACGCUGAGCGUCACCGUCCCGUAUCGUGUCAUCGAUCAGCCGCUGAAACUGGCCCCACAGGACUGGGAUCGAGUGGUGGCCGUGUUCGUGCAGGGUCCUGCCUGGCAGUUUAAAGGCUGGCCGUGGCUGCUGCCCGACGGAUCUCCUGUCGACAUCUUCGCCAAAAUUCGAGCCUUUCAUAUGAAGUACGAUGAGGCGAAGACCGAUCCCAACGUGCAGAAGUGGGAUGUGACCGUCCUGGAGCUGAGCCGCCACAGGCGCCAUCUCGACCGCCCCGUCUUCUUGCGUUUUUGGGAAACUCUUGACAGAUACAUGGUCAAACACAAAUCUCACCUCAGGUUCUGAGUCCUGGUCGGAGUCGACCUUUGAAAGUCCCACAAACUUCCAACUGUGUUCGGUCCACAUUUGUCGUCAUCCAAGCUGCCAACCAUCUUCCGACAUGACCCCCCAGGAACAGGAGUAAAGAACACGCAGGAUUUGUUGCUCUGGACUUCACAGCAGAUAUAGUUUUGUUUUUUCGCUGUUGUAAUUGUUUUCUAAUGUUUUCAGGUGGUUACACAGAAAUACCAAAAUAUGUUUGAUAUAAAAAAGUUAACCGACUGUGGAAACAGUUAAAUCAACAUUUUCAUUUUUCUGAGGCUUCCAACUCAGAUCUGUUCAGAUUGAGGGAAAACGUAAACAUUACUCUGGCCACAAACAAGAAGUCGCCGAGUUUGAGGGAAGAGACUUUAUUCCACUUUUAUUUUGCGUGUUUGUGGUCUGAAUGUACAUACAUGAUGGAAGCUCUCUGAGCAGGGAGGAGCGCUUGCAGGUGAUUUGUUCAUAUGUUAGAAAACUACUCUGCUCGAGCUCAGCGAUUCAACUCAGUAAGUUCAUAGUUGAGUUUCUGACAGAUGAGCACAUUUAUUGGUCAUGCAAUGACUUUGUUAGUCUUUUUCUUCUUCGUUGGUGUUGUAGAUGAGCAAAAUGAUGGAAGGUAUUGCUUUAAGUCAUCACAUGAAAAUAGACAAUAAAAUCUUUGAGAUUCA